CGAAUAAAGGAGGCAGGCAGAUUCGUUAAAAUCAAUGCAUAGAGAUAGGAACUGUCAAGUAAGCUGUGAUUGUGAAAAAAUCUAUUGCUAAAUAGUAUAAAACUGUUUGAGUCAUCUAAGUUGAGUCAUUCUUGAACACUAAUCAACAAGUGUGCAUAAUAUUGUUUUGUAAAAUAAAAUGGAGGAAGUUGGAAUUAAGAAUAAUGAAUUGGGUUCAAAACAUGAUGAACCUGAUGUUAAAUUCAAACAGCCUGGCUUGAAUACUGACCUUCCAAGUUUUGCUUUCCUACCUGUUGAUCGUGACUCAGAAGCAUAUAACAUGAAUCAUGUGAAGCGAGGAAAGGCUUGCAUCUUUAAUCAUGAAAACUUCAACCCCAAUCUUGAUUUAAAACCACGUGCUGGAACAUCUAAAGACAGAGACAACCUGUACAUGAGGUUGAGGGAACUGGACUUUGAUGUCACAUAUUUCAAUGAUCUGACAUUCAAUGAACUAAAUACUGAAAUAAUUAAAUUGGCAAGUGAGGAUCACUCUGAACAUGAUUGUGUUCUUGUUGCAUUGAUGUCCCAUGGUGAUGAUGGCAUAUUGUAUGCCAAAGACCAACAGUACAAACCUGAAAAAUUGUGGUCCCACUUUACGUCUGACCAAUGUCCCACAUUGGCUGGAAAACCAAAGCUUUUCUUUAUUCAGGCUUGCCAGGGGGACAGAUUGGAUGCAGGUACAACAAUGUUGCCCAGAGUCACAGAAACCGAUUCGCCCAGUGCAGUGGCUUACAAAAUACCCACUCACGCGGAUUUCCUGAUUGCGUAUUCAACUGUUCCGGGUUUCUAUUCCUGGCGCAAUACGACUAACGGAUCUUGGUUCGUCCAGGCGUUGUGCUACGUGCUGUCGGAGCGCGGCCGAGAAGACGAUCUACUCUCCUUGAUGACGACCGUCUCUCGGAUAGUCUCAAUCGGCUUCGAAUCCAAUACGCCUCAAGACUCGAACAUGCACCAGCGCAAGCAAAUUCCCUGCGUCACGAGUCUCUUGACUCGGAAAAUUUAUUUCAAGCGCAAAACGACUCGCCGUAUUUGAUUGAAAAGCUACGAAACAAGAAAAUGUUGCCUUGUUCUUAUCAAGUCUCUACAACGAUUCAAGUUCGAUCGCACUUUCUAUCUCAUCAAGUAAGUCUUUCAGACGACAAUUCAAAUACUGUGCUCACUUUUUUAUUUGCUAAAGUGCUGUGUUUGUAUCAAUGCAAUGCGAAGCCGUUUGUAUACACGGGCAAACCAUUUCGGUUAAA